AUGUUUGUGGCACGCAGCAUCGCGGCGGACCACAAGGACCUCAUCCACGAUGUAUCUUUCGAUUUCCACGGGCGGCGGAUGGCGACCUGCUCCAGCGACCAGAGCGUCAAGGUCUGGGAUAAAAGUGAAAGUGGAGAUUGGCAUUGUACUGCUAGCUGGAAGACACAUAGUGGAUCUGUGUGGCGUGUGACAUGGGCUCAUCCUGAAUUUGGACAGGUUUUGGCUUCCUGCUCUUUUGACCGAACAGCUGCUGUUUGGGAGGAAAUAGUAGGAGAAUCAAAUGACAAACUGCGAGGACAGAGUCAUUGGGUUAAGAGGACAACACUAGUGGACAGCAGAACAUCUGUUACUGAUGUGAAAUUUGCUCCUAAGCAUAUGGGUCUUAUGUUAGCAACCUGUUCAGCGGAUGGCAUAGUAAGAAUAUAUGAGGCACCAGAUGUCAUGAAUCUCAGUCAGUGGUCUCUGCAGCAUGAGAUCUCAUGCAAACUAAGCUGUAGUUGUAUUUCUUGGAACCCUUCAAGCUCUCGUGCUCAUUCUCCCAUGAUAGCUGUAGGAAGUGAUGACAGUAGUCCAAAUGCAAUGGCCAAAGUUCAGAUUUUUGAAUAUAAUGAAAACACCAGGAAAUAUGCAAAAGCUGAAACCCUCAUGACAGUUACUGAUCCUGUCCAUGAUAUUGCAUUUGCUCCAAAUUUGGGAAGGUCUUACCACAUUCUGGCCAUUGCAACCAAAGAUGUGAGAAUUUUUACAUUAAAGCCUGUGAGGAAAGAACUUACUUCCUCUGGUGGACCAACAAAAUUUGAAAUCCAUAUAGUGGCUCAGUUUGAUAAUCAUAAUUCUCAGGUUUGGCGGGUGAGUUGGAAUAUAACAGGAACAGUGCUAGCAUCUUCAGGGGAUGAUGGCUGUGUAAGAUUAUGGAAAGCUAAUUAUAUGGACAAUUGGAAGUGUACUGGUAUUUUGAAAGGUAACGGGAGCCCUGUCAAUGGGAGUGCUCAGCAGGGAAACCCAAAUCCUUCACUAGGUUCAAAUAUCCCAAAUCUUCAAAAUUCAUUAAAUGGAUCUUCUGCUGGCAGGUAUUUCUUUCCCCUUCUGGAUUCCCCACAGGCUCAAUCGAGAUGGUGCAAUUAUGCCCAGCUUCUUCCUUCUCCUUCUCCUCCUUCCUCUCUUCCUCCUCUUCUGGUUGAGAACUCUUGCGAUGCUGACACUGCUAACCUCCAGUAUCCUCACCCAUGCAGACAAUCUUUAUCUAGGCCUCUUAAUCCCUUAACUGAGAAUGAAGAGGUUUAA